CCCGCCCCGAGGCCCGGGGUACUAACCCCGCGCGGGCGGCCGCGGCGCCGCCACUUGAUUCUCUAGGAUCCCGGCUGGGGCCGCGGCCGCCGAGUCCGUGGGGCGGCCGCGCGCGCCGGNUGCGGGACUAGCGGGCGCGCGGCCGACCGUCGGGGCGCACCCCCUCCCCCGGCGCCGCCCCNCCCCCCCCCCACGCUGGCCGGGCCCCGAGCCGCCGCCUUCCCGCCUCCCGCUUCCCGCGACUGCGGCCGCCCGCGCCCUGACGGCCGCGGCAUGCGUAUUCCCGUAGACCCGAGCACCAGCCGCCGCUUCACUCCCCCCUCCACGGCCUUCCCCUGCGGCGGCGGCGGCGGCGGCGGCAAGAUGGGCGAGAACAGCGGCGCGCUAAGCGCGCAGGCGGCCGCGGGCCCCGGCGGCCGCACCCGGCCCGAAGUGCGCUCGAUGGUGGACGUGCUGGCCGACCACGCGGGAGAGCUCGUGCGCACCGACAGCCCCAACUUCCUCUGCUCCGUGCUGCCCUCGCACUGGCGCUGCAACAAGACGCUGCCGGUCGCCUUCAAGGUGGUGGCCCUGGGGGAUGUGCCCGACGGAACGGUGGUGACCGUGAUGGCCGGCAAUGAUGAGAACUACUCCGCAGAGCUGCGCAACGCUUCCGCUGUCAUGAAGAACCAAGUGGCCAGGUUCAACGACCUUCGAUUCGUGGGCCGCAGUGGGCGAGGGAAGAGUUUUACGCUCACAAUCACCGUGUUCACCAACCCUACCCAAGUGGCUACCUACCACCGAGCCAUCAAGGUCACUGUGGAUGGACCCCGGGAGCCCCGACGGCACCGGCAGAAGAUAGAAGACCAGACCAAGGCCUUCCCCGACCGCUUUGGAGACCUGCGCAUGCGUGUAACACCAAGCACACCCAGCCCCCGUGGCUCUCUCAGCACCACGAGCCACUUCAGCAGCCAAGCCCAGACCCCAAUCCAAGGCUCCUCAGACCUGAACCCCUUCUCCGACCCCCGCCAGUUUGACCGCUCCUUCCCUACGCUGCAGAGCCUCACAGAGAGCCGCUUCCCGGACCCCAGGAUGCACUACCCGGGAGCCAUGUCUGCCGCCUUCCCCUACAGCGCCACACCAUCGGGCACCAGCCUGGGCAGCCUGAGCGUGGCGGGCAUGCCGGCCAGCAGCCGCUUCCACCAUACCUACCUCCCUCCGCCCUACCCCGGGGCCCCGCAGAGCCAGAGCGGGCCCUUUCAGGCCAACCCGGCGCCCUACCACCUCUUUUACGGCGCCUCCUCCGGCUCCUACCAGUUCUCCAUGGCAGCCGCGGGAGGUGGUGAGCGCUCGCCCACCCGCAUGCUAACCUCCUGCCCCAGCGGCGCUUCGGUGUCAGCAGGCAACCUCAUGAACCCCAGCCUGGGCCAGGCUGAUGGCGUGGAAGCCGACGGCAGCCACAGCAACUCGCCCACGGCCCUGAGCACGCCGGGCCGCAUGGACGAGGCCGUGUGGCGGCCCUACUAAGCACCCUGGAGACUCUCGGGCCAACCGAAUCCUUCCCUCCAGCCCGAGGCUACAAGAAGAAACAGACUUUGGCCUGGUCCCAGGGGCCAGAGCUGGCAGUGGCUCCCAGAGCUCUGUCCAGCCACAAGUUUGAGCAGAGGAUGUGGGGACCUCCCACAGGACACUGCUCCAACCCAAAUCAAUGUCCUCUCUCGCUGCGCAUCCCAAACCCACCUCUGUUGUCUCCAGCCAUGCCCAGGAUUAAUUCUGGAAUCAGAGGCUACCCCUGCCUGUGAUGGGGAGAGAAGCUCAGGCUCAGAGAUGUCUGGACUCUCUCUCUCUCUCACACUCACACUCACACUCACACACACACACACACACACACUGCCCUGGGGACCAUCCAUGCCCAUCAAGCCAAAGGGAAACUCGAACCCCUGGGAAGGUUUCACUCCCCUGGAGAGAGAGAGAGGAGCCACGUCUCUCUUACACACACACACACACACACACACACACACACACACACACACACACACGUCCCCAACUUGACUUCCCCCUGGUCCCAGGCCAGCAGCCCCUGAUCAGUCCUAACUUACCUGAAAACACCAGGCCCCAGAGUAGACUCAUCCUGGGUGGCAGGUCCCUAAAGUAAGGAAGGCCUCACACUGUCCAGCAUACUCCAACCUGAAUUGCCUACUGGGUUCUCAGGGGGCAGACAGGUCCUGGCAGAAAGUCUAACCAUGGGGAUCGAUAGGGUGGUUAGCCCUGUGCACUAGGUCCAGCCAAGCUGUGCUCUGGGCCUUGCCUCCCAGGCCACAGUCCCGCUCCCAACUUGUUUGUCCCUAGAAGCAGACAACUUUGAACCAAAAGCAUCUAAAACCUCGAAUGGGGGGGGCAGUCUGUGUAUAUGAGAGCCCACCCCCUGCUAGUGUGAUGUCAUCAGGACCCCCGCCACCAGGGUCCUGACCUCACAUUCUUCACAGAAGGGGACAAGACCUCCAGGAGGCCCUGUGGAGUCUCUGGUGAGGUGUGCGAUGGUAGAGCAGUGUCCAAGCGGAGAUCAGAUGUCCUCUUCAGUCAGUGGGAUUGGUUAAAAAGCUCUUACCAGAGCUGGCUGGCCCACAGCUGGUUUUUCAAACUGAGUGAGCCCCUUAGUGAUGGCCUCUGCCUUGUGCUUGGCCUUCCCCAUUGCCUGCACCUGUAACAGCCACCCACAUACACACUCUGGUAGGUCAGGGGGUCCUGACAAUCCUGAGCAGAUACCUCCCGUUACAGUGUCUCUUGUCCCACCCUUACCGGAGGAAAAAAAAACUCUAGCUCUUGGAAGUAGCUGAGGUAACCUUCCAGCUCCCUGCACCCAGAGGGGGCCUUCUCACCUCUUCUCAGGAAGCAGCUACGACCCCAUUGCCCUCCUACCUGCUUCGCUACUGGUCCAUGGUACAGACCCGUCCCAGAUCACCAAGAAAGGUACUUUCAGGAUCUCAGUGCCUAGCACUGAGUAAGCCACCCCAGACAACUAGCCUCCCUCAUACCCAAAUGCUGGUCGGUGGAAAUAGAAAGCCACCCCUCCCCCAUCACCUCUUUCUCAUCCCUGAUUAACAGUGAAGUCUGAGUCUUGUCCUGAGUCCUACAGUGAGCCCAGGCAGCCGGGGCUAAUUAAAAAAAAAAAAAAAAAGACAAGAAAAAGGAGAGGAGAAAAAACACAAAAAUGAAAGGUCCUUAUUUGCAAGGCUACUUUAAAGUGCUACUUGAAAGCACAGACUAGACAGAAAGCACAAGGAACCUGGGAGGGGGUUGAUACAAUGUUACUGUAAUUGUGUGGGUGGGUGUGGAUCCUUUGUGACAUUGUUACCCUGAGGUAUACUCCCUGCAGUGAGCUGGUCUUCCUGAAGUGGGCCUGCUUUGCACUAUAGGCUGCUUGUAUGUUUGGUUUGUUGUUUUUGUUUUUUUUGUUUUGUUUUGUUUUUUUAAUGCACAACUUGCUUGUACAGGUCA